GGCGGUAAUACUGCCGACACAGCUGCAGUGCACCUGACGUCUUGCAGCUCUUGUGUGGCACUUUGUCAGCCAGCAGAAUGAAGGCCCAGGUGGCGGUGGUAGUGGUGGUGGUGGUGGCAGCGGCAGUCUUCAUGCAUGUCCAGGCCACGUGUAAGGAAGGCAUGACGGGGUACAACGGCUGUAACUCCUGCACGUGUUUCAACACCAUGGUGAUCUGCACCAGGCGGCAGUGUGGCCCUCAUAAGUCUGACAAGUGCAGGGGCAUGCUGGGCAGCUCCUGGAUGGACAACUGCCACAAGUGUACCUGCGUCAAUGGGACGUCUAGCUGCGUCCUGAUGCCUGACUGCGUAACAGGGAAGGUGAAGUACCCGCAGUGCGAAGGUGACACGUCCUUCCUGUACGAAUGCAACAGGUGUCGCUGUGUACACAACGCCACGCACCCCGCCUGCACCAUGAUGGCCUGCCCCUCACAGUUUGAAAACAUGGUGACCUUUUAGCGGACCAGCAGCAGCGAGGGCUGACACCACCAUCCCAUGCAGCACCACCAAAAAAGCAUGACAGCAAUGCAGCAAUAUUACUCUCACUGGCAGCAUGUGGUGCAUUAUAAUGGCAAUAAAUGUAGGCAGCAUGGUGUUAUGGACGCCCUGCUGUGCUGUGCUGUGUUGUGCUGCGUUGUACUAUGCUGUCCCUGAAUAAUGUGUGCAAUUUUCAUCCUACCAAAAAACUGAAGACAAAGUUCAACAUAAAAAAAAAAGAGAGAGAAAAAGAAAAAAAGACUAGAAUCAUUCAACCACUGCAUAAGAAUCAGUCCUUACGAGGAUCCCUUGAGAACUUCUUGACUUCUCCGUGGUGCGCUGACAAGGAGGAAACUCAGUGGCACCAUUCAUGAUCACCAAUGAAUAUGUAGAAUUAAACUUAUAUGAUUGUU